AUGCAGAGAAGCGUCAAACGUGCGGCCUCUGCCGGGGCUGACGAAGUUCCUGUCACCCGCAGGCGGCUGCGCGACGGUGUGGAGGCGGCGGAGGCGGAGACUGAGGCGGAAAAGAAGCGACCAAAGCAGGAGGCCGUCGCGCCCCGCCGCGCCCCCAAGGACGAGGACGAGGAAUGGGAGGACGCCACCGACGACGAACAACAAGAGGAGGCGGAGGACGGAGAGGACUGCAUCAGCGUGGAUGAGGGGCUGGGCGAGGUGAUUGAGGAGGAGAUCGUCGACGAGGACGAGGAUGACGACGAGGACUACGCUGAAUUCCAGCGUGAGGCGGAUGCCGUGACGAAGGGCCUGCGACGCGUCACGUUUGACGCCGACGCCGACGCGCUGCAGACGCAGCAGCUGCAGAAGGGCGGUGACGGGGAAGAGGAGGAGGCCGCGCCCACCGUGUGGCGCAGCGAUCAGGCGGGGGAGGGGCGCAGCAGCUCGCGUACUCCAACAAGGCAUACGACUCCUUCUUUCAGUUGCGCACGGAGUACCCGUCUCUCUCCUUUGAUGUGA